AUGUCGAACAAUCAAGUUUACUACAGGACCAUUGAGGUAGACUCAGUCAAUGUCUUCUAUCGCGAGGCCGGUGCAACCUCUCUGCCCGGACUGCUACUCCUACAUGGCCACGCUUCUGCAAGCCAUACGUUUCGAAACAUCAUUCCGGAGCUAUCAAAAUCGUUCCGUGUCGUGGCACCCGACUAUCCUGGGUUCGGGAACUCGGAUAUGCCAGACCCAGAGCAGUAUGUCUAUACUUUCGCCAACAUCGCCAGCACUAUCGACAAGUUCACCGAGCAAAUCGGGCUCAAGACGUUCUUCUUGUACAUCUUCGACUACGGAGCGCCAAUCGGGCUUACUAUCGCGGCGAAACACCCGGGUCGGAUUGCCGGCAUCUUUUCGCAGUCAGGGAAUGCAUAUGAAGAAGGUCUGUCGCCAGCAUUCGCAGGCCUCCGAGAGUGGUGGGCAGAUGCUUCCAAGACAGAUGCUCCCAACCAUAUUCUAUCACUCGACGGCGUAGACUGGGCCUACAAACUUGGGGUCGAGCCUUCUCUAGUCGGUCCAGAUGCUGCCGCCUUGGACAAGUAUUACAUAUCACGAACGGGAGCGCACGAUAUCCAGAUGCGUAUCCUGCGCGACUACGAGACGAAUCUCAGUCUCUAUCCGGAAUGGCAGGCGUAUCUGCGCAAACACAAACCGAAGCUAGUCGCCCUGUGGGGAAAGAACGAUCCUUUCUUCAUUCCUCCCGGAGCAGAGGCUUUCAAACGUGAUGUACCAGACGCAGACGUCAGCAUUAUUGAUGCUUGCCACUUCCUGAACGAGAGUCAUCCACAAGAGGUCAUCAAAGCAAUUAAGAAGCUGCUCUGA